CAGUCUGAGCUGAUGGAGGCAGACUGUCCCUCUGAAGAGCAGAAGAGAGGAAACAUGUGAUGAGUUCCCGCACAGAUGGACGAUUACAACUCAAACUGAGAGGGAAGACACGACUGGACUUAUUUCCUGCAGAGACACAAACUCUGAGGACUGGAAACUCUUUGCGUUAAAACAACUUCUGGAAAGUAGUUUUUUUGGGGAGGAAGAGUCGUGUUGAAAGUUUUGAGGAUGUCCGAGCCAGAGAAGAUUGAGGACAUUCCAGAUGAGUCUGUAGGAAAAGGAAAAGGAAUUCCUAACGGAGGGAAUGCUGCAAAAACCAAAGAGGAUUUCGACCUGGCUGCUAUCUAUGUGUCUGACGCUCAAUACAACAGGAACAUUUACUUUGACACGUCGCCUGAAGCUGUGAGAUUGUAUCUGCGCUACAACCACUGGGUCUCUCAGGUGCUCCUCUACUUCUUCAUACUGCUCGAUCUGUCUCUGGCCAUCUUCGAGGACCCGGCUGUUUUCUCUCUGCCGAUAUGGGCCACUAUGCUGGUGGAGCUGCUCUGUCUGCUCGUCUUCACCAUUCGGAUCGUUCACUACGCCAAAGUGAUCCCUCGAGACAAGUUCUGGAAAGACCCCAAAAACAUCUGCAUCAUCGUCAUCAUCGUGCUGACUCUGGUGGAUAUGAUCAUCUACGGAGCGCUGAAAGCUACAAACUAUUACGGGGUCCGCUGGUCCAGAGUCCUGAGGCCGCUGCUGCUGGUCAACGUCACCGAGGGGCGACAGCUCCGCAGGGCGUUCAGAAGCAUCCGGAACGCUCUGCCUCAGAUCUUCUACGUCUUCCUGCUCUUCAUGUUCAGCCUCCUCAUCUUCUCCCUCAUGGCGCUCAAACUGCUCGGCAAACGAGGUCUGACUACCAUCGAUGGAUCUUCGUACUUCACAAACUACCUCGAGAUCAUCUUCGAUCUGUACGUCCUCGUCACCACGGCCAACAGCCCCGACAUCAUGAUGCCGGCAUACAACGCCAGCUAUUACUUCGCCAUCUUCUUCAUCCUGUACAUCCUCAUCAACAACUACAUCUUCAUGUCCGUGUUCUUGGCCGUCGUCUACAACAACUACAAAUACCACCUGAAGGAAGAGGUACGGCAGCUGGUGAGGGCCAAAAGGCACAAGAUGGUGCGAGCGUUCGCCGUGCUGCAGGACCAGAGGGAGGGGAGGGAGCCGGUGGUGAACCAGGCCAACUGGAACCAGUUGGUCCGACUGGUGCAGCCCGACGUCAGCAACGCUCACCGGGAGCUGCUGUGGAGCGUCUGUGACAACAACAACCAGGGAUACAUCGGUAAGGUGGCGUUCGUGCAGCUGGCCGACCUCCUGAACAUCGAGGUGAUCACGCUGAAGUCCAGACCUCACCCGCUCCAGAGUCUGUGUCCCAGCCUCUACCAGUCGGCCCCCAGCCGCCUGCUCUGCAAACUGGUGCAACACCGGGCCUUUGUGAUCGUGUACGACCUGAUCAUCCUGGUGAACGCUGUGUUCAUUGGUCUGGAUGAGAAGAACCCGUUGAUCGCUAACUCUGAGUGGGCCUUCCUGGCUCUCUACCUGCUGGAGAUCCUGCUGAAGCUCUACGUGUUCGAGCCCCGAGCGUUCUUCUCCAAACACAGCUUCUGGAACUGCCUAUCUGCGUCCCAGAUAAUAAGUACGAGGUUUGACACAAUCAUCGUCAUCUCUGCUCUCAUCGCCACAAUCAUCAAUUCCUCCGUGACGUCAGCGGGCAUUUACACCAGCCGUCAGAUCCUGGACAUCGUCUUCAUCCUGCGAGUUCUCAGACUGAUCCGAGUCGUGGACAGCAUCAAAAGGUUUCGUACGAUCAUCAACACCCUGAUCAGGAUCGGACCAGCCAUCCUCACGUUUGGACAGCUGAUCCUUGUGGUGUACUACGUCUUUGCCAUGGUGGGGAUGGAGUUGUUCAAACACAAGGUGAAGUUUUACGAGGACUCCAGCGACCCGACGAAGGCGUACUGUGGAAACGUUCUGCUGAAAGGAACGGCCUUCGCUCAACUCAACUACUGCAAGAACAACUUCAACAACGUGGUGUCAUCCUUCAUCCUGCUGGUGGAGCUCACUGUGGUCAACCAGUGGCACGUGCUCAGCAGCGGAUUCGCCGCCGUCACCCACGGGUCAGCCAAGCUCUUCUUCGUCUUCUUCCACAUCAUAGUCGUCAUCGUCAUCAUCAAUAUCUUCGUGGCGUUCGUCUUGGAGGCGUUCUUCGUGGAGUACUCGGUGGAUAAGAGCGACCUGCAGACGUCUCUGGAGAAGAAGAUCGAGGAGCUGGAGCUGGCUGUGGCACAGGAGACGCUGGAGGAUAAUUUGGUGAGCGCCAUGGAAACCAUCGACAGCGAUCAGGGAACCGGCCAAUCAGCGAACAACAAACCCACCCUGAUGUUUAAAAUCGCUUCAAAAAGAUAUCGGACGGUGGACGCUCUGCUGCAGCGGAUGUUCGAGUCCGACCUCGACCCCGAAGACUUCGCAGAGAACGACGAUCAGAACGGGAACUUUGCAAACCCGGCGUUCAGCGCUGCGUAGAGACAUUAAUGCACAAAUACUUAUAAAGGGAAGCAGAUUCUAUGAUUUAUAUACAGUUUUAUACUCAUCUCAAAUGUUUAUCCAGUGUUAUAUUUUUUAUAUUUCUGUCCUGUAGCUCUGUGUGGAAACGCAUAAAAAAUAUUUACACGGA